AUAGGAUGCUUGAAAGGGCAUUGAUUUAUUGUCCUUGUUAUGAAAACCUGAAAAGAAUUGACAAAGACCUUCCUAAUAUUCCUACACAUGAUGAUUGGUCAAAGGUUAAAAAAAUUGUUACACUUUUAAAACCUUUUGAUGAUAUAACAAAACAGUUUUCGGGGAGAAAUUAUCCAACUGCCAACUUGUACUUUAAAAGUGUGUGGAGAAUCGAAUGUUUGUUGAUACAAUAUGCUGAUAGUGAAGAUGAGUUUUUAAAAGAUAUGGCAAAGAAUAUGAAAAAUAAAUUUGAUAAAUAUUGGGAAAAUUAUAGUGUUGUUCUUUCUUUUGCUGCCAUGAUGGAUCCUCAUUAUGAAUUUCAAUUGAUCAAAUAUUGUUUUGAACACUUGGAUCCUCAAAAUGGGUCAUGGAAAGCCAACCAAGUCAAAAACAAACUCUAUGAUUUAUUUGCGGAGUAUGUAAGGAAUGAUACUCCCUAUGACCAUGAAGCUAGUAGUAAUGUCGUGGAUGAUGAUCUUCCUAGAUUUUCAUCUUUUGCUAGAGGGACUAGUGGAAAUUUGUCACAAUUAGAUAUUUAUCUUGAGGAGUCUAGGCUUGAUCAUCAUCUUGAACUAGAUGUAUUGCAAUGGUGGAAAACAAAUGAAACUCGACAUGCACAGGUUGCGCAUAUGGCAAGGGAUUUAUUAGCCAUUCCAAUUACUACUGUUGCAUCCGAGUCAGCUUUUAGCUUAGGAGAUCCACUUGAAAAUGGAUUAGAGGUUGAUCUUCCACCAAUGUGUAAUGAAGAAGCUAACAAAGAUUUAGAAGAUGAAGAUGAAGAUGAAGAUGAAGAAAAUGAAGAUGAAAAAGAAGAUGAAGGCGAAGAAGAAAAUCAAAAUGAAGAUGAAGUGUUUGAACAAUUUGCUAUUUAACAUGUUCUUAUUUAUACUUUUAAUAUUUAAAUUGUUGUAUGUUUGAAUUGAUUCAUUUGGAUAUUUUUUUGUAGUAUGAUGCAUUUUAGACAUUUUAAUGAUUUUUUUAUGUUGAAUUAGUCGAUUGGAUAUUCUAAUGUUUUAUGGUAACCCGUUGGAUCAAUCUGAACCUACCCGAAACCCUGAGUGAUCCGACCAGAAACUAACCUGAUCCGAAACUGACCCAACCCAAAAAUGACCCGACCGAAAUUAAUCCGACCCAAAACUCGACCGACCGACCGUUUUCCCAGGUCUAAUAAUAUCUCAUAUAAAUGCAAGAGAAAGAUAUCAUUAGGAGAGUACAAGUGUGCAGCAGUUUUGUAUUAUCGGAAGUAUUAAUUAAUUAAAGGCCAAUUAUGAUAAACGAUUAA